AUGGCAGCGACGCCGAGCGCAGCGCAGCCGCUCGCGCGCGCGGAGAUGGCGUCGUACUUAUUCGAGAAGCACCUCACGCACCAGGACGGCGUGGCCGGGACGCUCAGCAUCCGCCUCGUCGCAGCGCGCAACUUACGCGCCGCGCCGUCUCUAUUCCGGACGCGCACGUGCAGUCCGUACGUGAUCUUCCGCGUGGGCAAACAGAGCGUGCGGAGUUCGACGAUCCCGCGCAACGCGAACCCCUCGUGGCGGCGCGAGCUCCUGACGGUAAAACUGCCCAAGUUGCUCGGGACGCGACAGCCGCUGGCCGAGCACUCGGACGCGCGCCUCGAGCUCAUUGUCGACGUGAUGAACGAGGACUCGCUCACGGGCAAAGCGACGGAAGCCGUGGGGAUUGUCAAUGGAUCGGUCAUUGGCACGGCCGUCGUGGACGUGACGCCGCUCGUCGAGGGCAAAGAAGACGUCAUGGACCAGUGGAUUCCGCUCCGUGGCGCGCUGUUUGUGCCAAGCAGUGGCCUGUCAGGUGACAAGAGCAAGCAGCACCUGGAAGCUGAGCUGAGCUUGGGCGAAGUGCGCGUCGUGCUGCAGUACGAACCGCAUGGCAUGGAGCCGCUUGUGGGCGACGUGGUCAAGUUUGAAGGCUUUGGCCCGUACCCCUCGGCCGUGCUUGGCCCUGCUGAAGCGUUGGAGCUUCAUGUGAAGAAGACAAGUGGCAGCUAUUUGCUGUGCAGCUACACGACGCCGUCAGGCUUUGACGCGACGCUGCGUGUGCACCGCAACACUGUGUUUGUGGCGCAUCGCGGCAGCUUGUUUGACCGCUUGUACGAGGUGUGUGUGGUUGAGCCACUGGAGUUUGCGGCGAGCACGCCCAUCGGUCAGUCGGCCAAAGAAGUGCUGCGGCCGUAUGUGAAUGUCGCUCGUGCGUUCAGCGGCCCGGCAUUGGUAGCUACGAAAGCGACGCUCACGACGACGUAUCGUGCGUCUGCUGCUGCGAUCGGCGCUGUGGUGGCGUCUUUGGACGAAUAA